AUGCCAGCAAUUGCCUAUACCACCAACAUUGUUCCCAAUGUCCUGCGACGGGGCGAUAAAAUCCGAAUAAAAGGAAUUUUGAAUGAAAAUGCCCAGGAAUUCUCGAUAAAUUUCGUCAAUGAGAUUUGUAAAAAUCCCGACUUCAUAACCUAUCAUUUCAAAUGGAUAUUGGACGAGCAUGUUAUCGUUGAGAAUUACAAGGAUAAUGGCAGUUGGGUGGAUCAUCAAGAACAGGAUUACGACUCAUUAGAUGGUUCAGUAUUCGAAUUAGAAUUUGCAUUCCAAGAUGGUGUUAUCGAUGUUUACAAAAUCUUUGAUAAUAAACCAAAUCGUAUAACAACAUACGAGCCAUAUUUCGAACUGUCCGAAAUUCAGGCAAUACAGGUGUGGGGCGAUGUAAAGAAAAUAAGUGAAUUGACGUUUAAAUAUGCGUAGAAGAAUGCAAAACGAAAUCAAAAAACAAA